CUCGCGUAUCUUUUGGGCAUGCACACGCAGCCUUUCUCGUGUAAUACGUUGUAACUUCAUUUUACAGCGAACAUUAAGACCACUCGCCUGCAACAACACCGUCUCGCAUAUUAACAGACGCUUUAAAACCAUGUCGACAGUCUUCUCUUUCCAGACGCAGCUCGUUUCCAUCAUGGACGCGUUAUCCAAAACAGCUGUAAUGGAAAUAAGCAAACUGGUCGAGAUCGAGUCGAAGAUGCUGAAAAUAGAGAUAACUCGAGGGCGCAACGAAAUUGCCUCGCUCACAGAGAAACUGCAGCUAAUGGAGAAAUUGCUUUACAUUGCACAGGGGAGCAGGCAGGACGCAGCAGUCGCAGCAUGCUCAGUGGUGAGGGAUGGUCCAGAGGACGGAGUAUUGGAGCCCGACAGGACAAGACCUGCCAUCAAAAGUGAGAGCCCGUGGGAAAGCAUAACUUACUCCACUCUUCAGACUGAGAGGAGCAGUUUGCAUCAAGUUGAAGAGCAUGCCGCAGCUGAACCCCCAAAUCCACCAAAAGAGCAGCCUGAAUUGAUAGUUGUUAAGGAAGAGCCAUCAGACUUGGACAAUGAAGACACUGAGCAAGAUAGGACGAGUGAAAAAAGAAGGGAAGCAGUCACAGACAUCCAAAAGAGUCCGGAAGUGAUUCAGCGUCCAAAACCAGUCGCAGAACAUCAGCAGCCUCGCUUUCCUGACAGCUUUGUGAUCCUGAGCACCCAGUCGUCUCUUGCUGGACCAGGGAGGAGGGAAACCCAGUGGAAUCCACAGUUUACACCCGCACACACAAACCUAGAGGCUGGCAAAAGCUUGGGUCAAAAUGUUGCCUCCCAAAGCUUAAAUGUGCUCAGGAACAUGAAGCUUCACAACUUGAGAAACUCAGCUGCUAAGAGGUUCGGCUGCUUGCAGUGCGGCAAGAGCUUCAGAUGCUUUAGCCAGCUCGAAAUCCACCAGAGAAGUCACACAGGAGAGAAACCGUUCAGAUGCACACUGUGUGGGAAGAGAUACGCACAGAAGGGGCAUCUGUAUACACACCAGCGCACACACACUGGGGAGAAGCCAUACCGCUGUCCUAUUUGUGGAAAGGGCUUUAUUCAGAAAUGCACUCUUGAUAUGCAUCAGCGCACGCACACAGGAGAAAAACCUUUUGUUUGUAUCAAAUGUGGCAAGGGUUUCACAAAGAACUGUAAUCUGAAAAAACACCUCGCAGUACAUCUGGAUCCUAGUCUGAAUGUGUAUGGUAGUGAAUCCAAUGCGCCCACAUUUAGUGGGACAUUCAUAAAUGGAACCACUUAAAACAACCACUCAUAUGUAAUUUCUCCGAAUGUUCGUUUGAUUGAAAUAUUUUGUGCAUAAUAAAGUUAUCUUUGCU